AUGUCGAAUUCGUUUCGCAUCACCAAUCCACCAGAACUUGCAAGAAUGUGGGGGGAAUUGAAAAACAACCCUAAGAUGACGGUUGACAAGUUCAACCGCGUCUUAAGGUUGUACUACAACAACCCCAGGAUCUUAAAAAGGGAAAAAGGACCAAAAAAUACCUAUACUUUUUAUCAUGAUGUCCCAUAUCAAUCUACUGAAGAAUAUACUUACUCGAAUGCAUAUGAGCCCCCACUGACAGAAAUUCAAAACCACUUUGGGGAGUGGAGUUAUGAGGAACACCUCUUUCCGCAAUAUUAUGAUGAUCUUUCAACUUAUAACUUCUUUUAUUAA